AUGAAGCUGGUUCUUCCUACCAGCCAAUUCUGUUCCAAUUCCAUCCGACGGCAGCUAGAUUUGCGCACCCUGUUUAUCACCCACUCACGGCAUCUAUCCUCCUAUUAUCCAGUAUCUACGCCGAUAUCUUCGUCGCCGUCCCUCUCUUUUACCCGUCAGUUACCACAAUGGGGCUCCAGAGGCGCUUGGAGACGGUACCAGAGGAGGUUUCAUGGCUAUAGUCAUGGGGGAAACAAUUCACAGUAUCAGGCCAACUGGGAGCGUGGUCGAUACUCGAGAAGAAGCAGUAUCCUUCUUGUUUCUGCCAUCAGCACUGCGACGUUGACUCCGGCAGCUCUUCUUCAACUGGCGGAGGACAAUAAGGAGGAAGAUAGAAUGAGCACUCGUGAACGAGAGAUGCUUAAUGCUUCACGAGCAGAGGCACGAAGUAUAAGACGUACUGGAAGGGGGUUAGGAAGCGAAAAUGAUGAUGGUAAUACCGAAAGGCGAAGGGCAAGGAACAUCUUAUGGCGCAUAUACGGCAUUCUGGACGAGUAUGUGUUUGAAGUGAUUGCUACAGGGUUCCGAUUUGUUCACCUUGUGGUACUAUUUAUCCCGGUCAUAGCAAGCGUGCCUAUCAUUUUCUUCGGCUCAAGGGUGAAGGAUCGAGAUAACCAUAGGAGAGGUGCUUUACUAUGCAUACAGCUUGGACAAUGGGCUGCUUCACGAUCAGAUAUAUUCCCCCCUGAGCUAUGUGCUUUGAUGUCAUCCCUACAUUCCCAUGCUCCCGCGCAUCCAUUACACAUUACAAAAAAGACCAUCAGCAGGGCAUUUAAUGGUUUACCAUUCGAUGAAAUCUUUGAGGAAUUUGACGAAAAACCACUUGGGGUCGGUGCUAUAGCCCAGGUAUACAAGGCCAAAUUACGUCCCGACCUGGCCGGCUCGUUAGAUCGAGCAUCUAAACCCGUGAAUCUUCGCGAGAAGAUGAGAAAGAACGUUAAUGUACUAGUCAAGAGUACUCCAGAAAGUGUCCCAUCAUCGUACAUUGCGAUCAAAGUGCUUCAUCCAAAUGUUGAUAGGACCGUACGACGAGACUUGCGUAUUAUGGGAUUCUUUGCCACCCUGAUACACUGGAUACCUACCAUGGAAUGGCUAUCGUUACCAGACGAGGUCGAGAAGUUUGGAGAAAUGAUGAAGCUCCAGCUAGAUUUACGGAUAGAAGCAGCAAAUCUUACAUUCUUCCGGGAGAACUUCGAGUCGCGAACAACAGCUAGAUUCCCCUAUCCGUACACCGAAUACACAACCCGCGAGGUGUUGGUUGAGGAGUUUGCACAAGGAAUUCCCCUUGCUGCAUUUCUAGAGAAUGGAGGUGGUGUAUUCCAGCAUGAUAUUGCUCACGAAGGGUUGGAUGCAUUCCUACACAUGUUGCUCAUUGACAACUUUGUUCAUUCUGAUCUACACCCAGGUAAUAUUAUGGUGCGUUUCUAUAAACCAAGCCAGCUGGACCUCUCCUUAAGUGUGCAGCGUGCUCACAGAGCCCUGGCGUCGGAGAGUGGGAAUAGCGCAACUGAGUCGGUCCUCGCACGACUAAGAAAACAUCGAAAAGAUCCAAUUGCAUGGAAUGAGACACUAAACCAGAUUGACGCCGAAGGCUAUCGGCCUCAACUAGUCUUCAUCGAUACCGGACUUGUCACUGAGCUCAACGCUGUUAAUCGGCGAGACUUUCUCGACCUAUUCCGAGCCAUUGCCGAGUUCGAUGGAUAUAAAGCAGGAUACCUCAUGAUCGAAAGAUCUCGACAGCCGGAUUCAGUAAUUGACGCUGAAAUAUUCGCACUUAGGAUGCAACACCUUGUUCUCAGCAUCAAGGGGAGGACGUUUGCCCUGGGCAACGUCAAGCUCGGGGACGUGUUGAGUGACGUCUUAUAUAUGGUGAGAAACCAUCAUGUGAGACUUGAAGGUGACUUCAUCAACGUCGUCAUUUCUGCUCUACUCCUAGAGGGCAUUGUGCACUGCCAAUCCUCCGCCAACUCGGGUCUAAGUCUACACUACUCAAGUCUGUUCGCGAGGGAGACACGUCCAUGCUCCGCGUAUGGGUUGGGCUGGAGGCAAGAAGCUUCCUAA